CUGCUGACCUAAGGAGCAUGCGCAGUAUCUUCCUGACGCAAAAGCGGCUGGGAAUAGAAAUGUUCACUUGGUCCUUCCAAGUUUUGGUUUUUCAGGUUGAAAUUUGAGUUUUCAGUCCUCCUUCCUAUGCCCGUGAAGCCUGAACGUUACUAUAGACCUUGAAUCCCUGCUCCCGAGCUUCCUACAGAGGUUCUUCUGCCUCUGACUGUAGUAGAAGAAGAAUAAGGGGCUGUGCUGAGGCCUUUGAAGGUACAUCCUCAAAAUGCAGAUGUGACUCCUGAGCAUAUCAUCCCAGGAUAAAAGAGCCCACAGCAGGAGCAGGACCAGGAGGACAUGGCUGCUUCUCAAGUAAACAAUGUGUCCUGGGGAUCGUUGACCUUCAGAGAUGUGGCCGUAGAUUUCUCUCAGGAAGAGUUGGAGUUCCUGGACCCAGCUCAGUGGAAAUUGUACACAGAUGUGAUGUUGGAGAACUACAGGAACCUAGUCUCCCUGGAUCUGUCAGCUUUGUCAUCUGAAGACUAUCAGGCCUUGCUGCAAAAGCCAGGAAUAGAAGAUUUAAUCUCUGAAGUAAUACUGAGUCCGUAUAAUGAAGACGGAAGUUAUCAAUGCCAUGAAGAUUGGAAAAUUUUUAACCACAAGUCAAAUCUUAAACAUCAGAAUACUCAUCUUCAUACAGAGAACCAUAAUGAAGAUGGUAAACAUCAGAGUACUCAUCUACCAGAGAACCAUUAUGAAGAUGGAAUCAUCUUUGACCAAAUGUCAAAUCACAUUAUACAUCAGGUUAUUCCUAUUGUGGAGAAGACAAAUAAACAAAAUAAAUGUGUCAAAUUACAAAAGGAAUCUUCAAAUAGUACUGAACAAAAGAAUAUUGCUAUUGGGGGGGAUGUUUACAAAUGCUUGCUAUGUGAGAAAGUCUUCAGUAAAAUCUUUAAUUUAAAUAGAGUUAAGAAAAUCUGUUCUGGUGAAAAACAUAAAUGGAAAGAAUAUGGUAAAACAUAUACUUGGCCUUCAGGUCUUAUACUACGUCAAAAAAUAUGUACUGGAGAGAAGCCUUAUAAAUGUAGAGAAUGUGGUAAAGCCUUUAGCCGUUCCUCAAACCUUAUUGAACAUCAGAACCUUCAUACUGGAGAGAAACCUUAUAAAUGUAGAGAAUGUGGUAAAGCCUUUUGCCACUCUUCAAACCUUAGUCAGCAUCAUAAAAUUCAUACUGGACAAAAGCCUUAUAAAUGUAGAGAAUGUGGCAAAGCCUUUAGGCACUCUUCAUCCCUUACUCAACAUCGGAAUAUUCAUACUGGAGAGAAGCCUUAUAAAUGUAGAGAAUGUGGUAAAGCCUUUAGCCGCUCCUCAAGCCUUAUUCAACAUCGAAACCUUCAUACUGGAGAGAAGCCUUAUAAAUGUAGAGAAUGUGGUAAAGCUUUUUGCCACUCUUCAAACCUUACUCAACAUCAGAAAAUCCAUACUGGAGAGAAGCCUUAUAAAUGCACAGAAUGUGGUAAAGCCUUCAUCCAAUCCUCAAAUCUUACUCUACAUCUGAAAAUUCAUACUGGAGAGAAGCCUUAUGAAUGCAGAGAAUGUGGUAAAGCCUUUAGCCAGUCCUCCACCCUUACUAAUCAUCAGAAGAUUCAUACUGGAGAGAAGCCUUAUAAAUGUAUAGAAUGUGGCAAAGCCUUUAGGUGUUCUUCAUCCCUUACUCGACAUCAGCCAAUUCAUACUGGAGAGAAGCCUUUUAAAUGUACAGAAUGUGGCAAAGCCUUUAACCAGUUUUCAAAUUUUAAUCAACAUCUGAAAAUUCAUUCUGGAGAACAACCUUAUAUAUGUAGAGAAUGUGGUAAAGCCUUUUGUCAGUCCUCAAAGCUUACUUAUCAUCAGAAAAUUCAUACUGGAGAGAAGACUUAUAAGUGCACAGAAUGUGGUAAAGCCUUUAGGGAAUCCUCAAACCUUACUCAGCAUCAGAGAAUUCAUACUGGCGAAAAGCCAUAUGCAUGUAGAGACUGUGGUAAAGCCUUUAGGUAUUCCUCAUCCUUCAGUAAACAUCAGAAAAUUCAUGCUAGAGAGAAGCUUUAUAAAAUGUAGAGAAUGUGGUAAAACCUUUAUUCAGUCCUCAGCUCUUAGUCAACAUCAUAGAAUUCAUACUGGUAGAAGAUCCUUAUAUAUGUAGAGGAUGUGGUAAAGCCUUCAUCUACUCCUCUACCCUUAUUAAACCUCAAGAGAAUUCAUAGUGGAGACAAGUCAUGUGAAUAUGGCAAAGCUGUUAAGCAGUCACCAUCCCUUUCUGAUCAUCAGAGUAAUCAUACUUGAGAGAGGUCAUAUAAAUGUUGCAAAGCUUUUAGUUUUU